UCGACAGGAGCUGGUGGCGACAAGUCAUCGAUGAAAGGCAAAGGGUCACAUAAAGUGCUUAAUCGUGCCUCCACGGCCAAGCCAAAACCAUCUACAGAUGGCGCUGGUGGUGGUGGCGGCGGCGAUGCUGAUGAUUUGGAUGCCUGGGUAAAAUCUCGCCAAUUGGUAAAACCCGAAAAUCAAUUAGAUCUCACCGAAGCUGAAUUAUCGGAGGAAAUAACCAAAGUCCUAACGACCACCAAUACAAAUGUUGUACACAAUUUGGUGGUCUAUAGUUUCAAGGAGGAGGCAUAUGUUCCGCUACCACCUGCCGGUAAUACAGUUACCCUGCUGAAAUUCGAUGGCAAUUCGCUGCACAUUGAUUCGGAUGAGGCUAAAUAUCAAAUGGAAGAAAGUGGUGAAAUUGGAUAUCCCCUACCAGCUCCACGAUAUUCUUUAAUGGAAGCUGAAGCGGCACCACCCAAAGCUGAUGACGGUGAAGCUGGUGAGGGUGGAGAAGGCGACGAUCAAGAAGCAAAAGAAGGUGAAGAAGCCGGGGAAGAGGCUGAAGCUGAAGAAGAAGUUGAAGAAGAGGCUGCAGAGGAGGCUGGGGAAGCUGAAGAAGGAGAGGGUGAAAAGGCAGAAGAGGAGGCAGCAGAAGCAGCUCCAGUUGCCGCCACAGGUGGGGGAAAGAAGCGCAAGCUUAUCAAUCAAUUCAACUUUUGUGAACGGGCCGCAUUGACAUUUACAAACCCGACAAGGAAUGUCGACACCCAAACCAUACCACCUCCACGCUCUCAAUACGGAGCCAAUGUCUUGCAAUGGGUAAUCUAUGAUAGUUAUGCCGAAGAUUUUGAACAGCAACAAAAGGAACGAGACAAGAAAGACGACAAGAAAGUGCAACGUAAGGAUGAGCUGAAAAUGAGUAAACAGGAGCUAAAAGCAGCCCAGGCGGAGGAAUUGAAUAAAAAAUAUCUCAAAUGUUGGCAAAUUUUGGAACGAAUGAUUAAUCAAAAUAUCUAUAAGGAUAUUGCGCAUGAUUAUCGCUAUUGGGAAGAUCCGGCAGAUGAAUUUCGUGAUGGUGAAGGUACCCUAUUGCCUCUGUGGAAAUUUCAAUAUGAACGGACAAAGAAAAUGAGCGUAACCGAUGUUAUGUUCAAUCCGUACUAUUAUGAUUUGUUUGCCGUGUGUUUUGGAUCACAUGACUUUAUGAAACAACCCAGUGAGGGUGCGAUUUGUUUAUUUACCGUCAAGAAUCCUUCGUAUCCGGACUAUAUAAUCAUGACGGAAAGUGGGGUAAUGUGCUGUGAUAUCCACCCUAAGUAUCCUUUUUUAGUUGCCAUUGGCCUCUAUGAUGGCAAUGUCCAUGUCUAUAAUCUAAAGGAGAAUUAUCGUGAACCUUUGUAUAUUUCAAUGGGUGUUGGCGAUAAACAUAUCGAAUGUGUUUGGGAGAUAAAAUGGGGUCCGGAUAUGGCUGAUGGUGAAAUAAAUUUCUAUUCCGUAUCGUCGGGAGGUCGCGUUUUCAAUUGGGUGUUGAUGCAAAAUAAAUUAAUGGUAACGACAAUAAUUACUCUCUUCCUCGAGAAUGGUAUUGUAUCCGGCCCCGAUGGCACUGAAUUGCGAUUACGUAGUUGCGGUUCCUGUAUGAAAUUUCAUCCAGAAGAUCCGGAAAUAUUUCUAGUCGGCACCGAAGAGGGUUGCAUCUACAAAUGCAGCAUUGCCUAUAGUUCCAAAUAUCUAAUGACAUAUCGGGCACAUAAUCUCUCCGUUUAUCGUAUCGAUUUUAAUCGUUUCAAUUCGAAUAUUUUCAUAUCGUGUAGUGGUGAUUGGCGUGUUAAAAUCUGGGAAGAUAUGCGUCCGGAACCGUUAUUUAUAUUCGAUUUAGGUUCGGCAGUGGGUGAUGUUAAAUGGGCACCAUAUUCCAGUACGGUCUUUGCAGCGGUCACAAAUGAGGGAAAGGUCUAUGUUUUCGAUUUGAAUGUGAAUAAAUACAAGGCGAUUUGUAUUCAGGCUGUCGUACCGAAGAGGAAAAAUAAAUUGACGCGACUGUCGUUUAAUGAAAAGUUGCCGUUCAUUAUUGUGGGAGAUGAUAAAGGCACUGUCACCUCCCUGAAAUUGUCACCCAAUUUACGUCAGAUGGUAAAACCUCCCAAGAAACAACAAAAUGUGGAACAAUCUGUUUUGCAGGUGCAAAAAUUGGAGAAGUUACUUUCGUUGGUGCGAGAACUACCGGAAGGCGAAAUUAUUAAGGAUACAACAACAACUGUCGCAAGUUGAAAA